CAGAUCGUUGAGCGAGCAGGGUCGAACGUGAUUGUUUCUUCGCUUCCCUGUUCUAUCUUAUCAAGCAGUACGCUGUCUUCCGCUCGUGUUCUCAAUGCCUAGCUCCAUCUGUACGAUUUGUCUCGAGACGCUGGAAUCGGGUGCAGGUGUUCGGGUACUAAGAUGCAUGCAUCCAUUUCACGAAACAUGCAUCGCUCGGUGGCUGGAGAACUCGGACCGUUGUCCCUUAUGCAAUGUCUCUCAUGACACCGAUCACUUGGACGGGACUGAUCAGCUUCUCGGAACCAGUACAUCGUUGAAUGAGGAAGCAUAUACCGGUGCUUGGAAUUCAAAUGAAGAUGAUGAGCCACGUACCAGUACAUCCUUUUAUGAGGAAGCGAGGUUGGUUGCUUUGGAAUCAAGUGAAGAAUCUAGUGAAGAGGAUGAACCUCCACGAACGUCUUUUUACGAAGAAGCAUACAUGCUGGCUUGGGAUUCAGAAUCUAGCGACGAGGAUGAUGGAGCCUCAACCAUGCUUUUUUGUAUUGCAAGUGACGAAUCGAGUGAAGAAUUACAGUUCGUGAUAGUUUUAUGGUAAUCGGUGUGCAAUAAAUGGAUGGUGCGAGAA